AUCUUUAGUUCCAACUAGAGGAGUUGAUGCCUGUUGCGUACGCCUGUCUAUAUAUAACGUACGUGUUCAAUGUUUUCUGAAGAAAGCAAGUAUCACAGAGAGAGAGAGAGAGAGAGAGAGAGAGAGUGAGUUUUAAAGCAAAAGCAAACAAGAGGGCCUUUGACAGCAUUACAAAAGAACAUAGAGGUUGGUUUUGAGGGAGCAUAGAAGCCUCAGGGCAUUACCGAGAUCGAUGCAAAAAAUGAAGAACCUUGGGAGCCUUGGCAACAGUGGGAGGCUCUCCUCAACUGAGGAGAGUGAGGACGAGGAGAUCACAAGGUUGGCCAUAUCUACAAUUCAAGCCAGAGAGGAAGAAAUUGAGAGGAAGAAGAUGGAGGUUAAGGAGAGAGUUGAACUUCAGUUGGGUCGUGCUGAAGAAGAAACUAGGCGCUUGGCACAGAUUUGGGAAGAGCUAGAAGUACUUGCAGAUCCUAUGCGAAAGGAAGUUGCUACUGUACGCAAGAAGAUUGACAUGGCUAACCGAGAUCUAAAGCCGCUGGGACAGAGCUGCCAGAAGAAGGAGAAGGAAUACAAAGAAGUCCUAGAGGCUUUCAACGCAAAGAACGACGAAAAAACUCAGCUAAUAGCCACAUUAAUGGAGUUGCUGACCGAGAGUGAGAGACUGAGAAUGAAAAAACUCGAGGAGCUGAGCAAGCACAUAGAAUCCACACACUAAGGUCUCCAAUGUCAUCAGUGGUUUGGCUUGUGAACUUGUAAUUGAUAUAAUUAGAAGUACAUAGUUGUUUUUCUAAUCAUAGGUGUUUAAGAAGCCUGUAAUCCUUGAUCUACUUUAAAACGUUUUUUCCCAUUGAGAUGACAUGCCCUACAACGAAUAUAUACAUUAAUGUCAACCUCAAAAUAUUGUCCUAUGCCAAUUAGGGCAGCUGUAAAAAGAAAAUUUCUCGUCA